UGUCUCUACAUGUGGAAUGUACAGUCAGACUCGGAGCGAGUGCAUGCCAAAUCAAAACACAGCGAACUGUUGUGGUGCUGUUAUGAUAUGAGUUUCAAAUGGACAAGGGUCUAGCAGUUUUGUAGCUGUAUAUUUGCAGCACUUAUCUUUCUUUAUAACCGUAAACUAUUUUAAAAGUAUCUUCUUGUAGCCUUACAUUUCCUCUUCCCGCCUCUUUCUGAACAAAAAUGUCCCAGGACAGUCAACAUGGCAAGUGGACCAUAUCAGAUAGUGAAGACGAGGACAACAUUAUUCCUCCAACGCCUCAGAAGGAUUCAAACAAACCAAGCAUUAAACCUGAUUUAGAAAGAAAACCUGAUACGAUCACCACUUCCAGAACCACUUUGAGUCCAAAACGCAAUGAGGACAACCAUUCUGUAAAAGAACCGUCCGCUCCCUCCAUGGGAUCUGAAGCCAGGAAAGUCGCACAUGUGAAUCAAACCAUCCCUGUAAAAUAUGAAAGCAACCCUUCACCUUCUGUAAAGAGAAAGAGAGAAACAGAGGAGGCAGGCUGGAACCUCUCAAGCAGUGAUGAUGAAACUCCACCACCUGCCCCGAAAAAAGAGCCCAAGAAGUCUGAUGUAAAUCCUAAGAAGAAGAAGACUGAAGACAAACGUCCUCCGAGUCCUCACGGCACUAGUUAUUAUAAAGAAGAGCCAGCUGAUUUCUUUGAGACCAAUUUAUUGUCUAUGAAUGACAUGUAUCGUUUUUAUUUAAACAAAGUCACUGGGAUACCAAAAAAGUUCAACACUGGAGCGCUGCAUAUCAAAGAUAUACUUUCUCCAAUGUUUGGAACCCUGAAAGAGUCUGUACAGUUUAAUUACUGCUUUGACAUUCCAUGGAUGGUGGAGCAGUAUCCACCUGAAUUCAGGGACAAACCGGUCGUACUCGUUCACGGAGAAAAAAGAGAGUCCAAGGCUCGGUUAAUCGAGCAAGCCAAACCAUAUCCACAUAUCCGUUUCUGCCAGGCCAAACUGGAUAUUGCAUUUGGCACACAUCAUACGAAAAUGAUGCUGCUUUGGUACGAGGAGGGAUUCAGAGUCAUCAUUCUUACCUCAAACCUCAUCCGAGCCGAUUGGUACCAGAAGACACAGGGGAUGUGGAUGAGUCCUCUAUACCCCAGGUUACCGGAGGGAAGUCCGGAAACAGCGGGGGAGUCUCCAACCAACUUCAAAAGCGACCUGCUGGAAUACCUGGAAGCAUACCGGGCUCCAGAGCUUGCUGAGUGCAUUGACCGCAUCAAACAGCAUGAUCUGUCAGAAACAAGGGUAUAUCUCAUUGGUUCAACUCCAGGAAGAUAUCAAGGACCUGCCAUGGAGAAGUGGGGCCAUCUACGAUUAAGAAAACUGCUCAGCGAGCACACGAAGCCCGUGCAGAACGAAGAGCGAUGGCACGUGCUUGGCCAGUUCUCCAGUAUUGGCUCCAUGGGACUUGAUAAAACUAAAUGGUUGGCAGCGGAGUUCCAGCGCACUCUGACCACACUGGGGAAAGCAGGGAAAUCAUUAGCCAGUCCAGAAACACAGAUGCUCCUGGUUUACCCAUCUGUGGAAAAUGUGAGAACCAGUUUGGAAGGCUAUCCAGCUGGGGGAUCUUUACCCUACAGCAUACAGACAGCUCAAAAACAGCUCUGGCUUCAUUCUUACUUCCAUGGCUGGCAUGCUGAUGUUACUGGCAGGAGCAAUGCGAUGCCUCACAUUAAAACCUAUAUGAGGGUUUCACCGGACUUCACACAACUAGCCUGGUUUCUUGUCACAAGUGCCAAUUUAUCAAAAGCUGCCUGGGGCGCCCUGGAGAAGAACAGCACUCAGAUUAUGGUUCGUUCCUAUGAACUGGGAGUUCUCUACCUGCCUUCAGCCUUUAAUAUGAGCACAUUUCCUGUGGAGAAGAAUGUGUUUCCGGCCUCCAGCUCAUCCAAAGGCUUCCCAGUGCCUUUUGACCUCCCACCUCAGCAUUAUUCAAGCAAAGAGCAACCGUGGAUCUGGAAUAUUCCUUACACUCAAGCCCCAGACACUCAUGGAAAUGUAUGGGUUCCUUCUUGAGAAGUUCGAGUUGCAGGGAUCAUCUGCAUAAGACAGAAUUAACUUGGAAAUCAGACCAUUGGCAUUUGACUCCGCUUCGGGUCUGCUCGGGUUCACCCUUAUGAGGAUUUAGCCGCCGUAAUGACACACUUUAAAGGAAUAGUUCACCCAAACAUGAUAAUUGUCAUCAUUUACU